AUGUCUGAUCUUUACUCCCUUGGUUUCAAAGGCCAGGUUUUCACGCCCUCCUCGCCAGAAUACGACUCAGCCAGAGACCGUUACCCAAAAAAUGCCGUCCUUAAACCCUCCUACAUUGUUCAACCGACCUCCGCGCAAGACGUCCCUCUCGCAAUCAAGUUCGCUUUAUCUCAAAACCCGCCACUCGAAGUUGCAAUCAAAGGAGGAGGUGCCAAUCCGUACCCGGCUUCGUCCUCUGAUGGAGGUCUGGUGAUUGAUCUGGGCAACCUCAAAGCAGUCAAAGUCGCGGACGACAAACAGUCUGUCUCGGUUGGUGGCGGUGCACUUUGGAGUGACGUUUAUACGGAGACGGAUAAGCAUGGUGUAGUUCCUGUUGGCGGAACGGUGCAUUUCCUGGGUGUUGGGGGUGUCAUUCUUGCCGGAGGAUAUUCUCAUCUAUCUGGAAGGCAUGGGCUUGCUGUGGAUAAUGUUCUUCAAGCAACUGUUGUCCUGGCUGAUGGCAGAGUCGUUAUUACGAAUGAGACGGAAGAGCCCGAUCUUUUUUGGGCUAUUCGUGGUGGCGUUAACCAAUUCGGAGUGGUCACAGAACUGGUUUUGAAGACGUACCCUCUCCCUGGCCCAAUGACUACAGGAGCGUUAGUCUAUCCUGGAACUGAACUUCAAAAUGUUCUUGCAGCAUGGCACAACCACCUCGAUAACCACCACCCGAGCACAAAAAUGAUGCUCGUAUGUGCUCGAACACCACCUGAUUUCCGGCCCAGCCUACUGGUCCUCCCUUACAUCGAAAACAACGCAACACUACCAGACAGCGUCCUUGCUCCGUUCCGAGAACUUGCUCAGCCCAGUUUCGAAAGCUUCACAACCGUCAACUCCUUCUUGGCCGUCUCUCACGCCGGCGACCAAACUCUCAUCGAUGCACCACCUCGCCUACACAUCUCCGGUGCCCUGAUAAGUGAUUUAUGGGACGACGUCUUUAGUCAGGCGUUUGACAGUUGGACUCAGUUCACGGAAGAUGAAGCUUUUAGAGGCUCAGUUCUGUUAUGGGAGUUCCCGCAUCGGGAUAAGGUUGCUGAGAAGAAGGUCGAAGAUAUGGCAUUUGCGGCGAGAGAGAAGCAUUAUUUCUUUGUUGUUAAUGCGAGGUACACCCUUGCAACAGAAGAGGUAAAAGCCGUCGAAUGGGCUUCCGAUCUCGCUGGGCUGGUUCGAAAAGCCCAAGUUGAGAAAACUGGGAAGUCUCUAAUUACUCCUGCUAGUUUUGCUCUUAACCCUCAGACUAUGAUGCCUGAAGGAAUAUGGGGCAGUAACCUUCCUAGGUUGAGGGAGUUGAAGGCAAAGUAUGACCCACAAAAGGUUUGGAGUAAGGGGUGGGUUAUUGAGCCUGAUCUGAGGUUGUAG